GAAAACAAUUGUGGUGCGCGUUUCAUGGUGGCGGAAAAAUUCCAGAGCGAACGUUGGUGACGAAAACGAAGUGUCUAUUCGAAUGUUUGUUUGUGCGUCUCAAUUCACAGCAGUCUUCGAGUGCUUUUCUAUACAAUAACAAGUCCUAACUAGUUGGCGGGAAUUCCAAUAAGCGCACAAAAUCAUUUCCAAGCAAAGAAAAGUGAAAAACCGUAGAAGCAAAAAAUAAAACCUAUCGAGCAUCAGUAAAAUACUAGCCUGACCAACUGUUUUCAGCGACGACUACAGAUAGGCACCAGUCACUCACUCAUCGGCACCAUCCAGUCAUUCACUUCACGCUCAGCCAUUUCCCACCCAUCCAUCUAUCAAUAGCAGCUUUUCAAUAGCAGAUAUCAUCACACGUCAUAACGUUUUAACUCAGGCGUGCAGUAACAGCAACAGCAACAACAGGAACAUCGGCGAAGCAUUUGCAUCAAUCGACAGUUUCUUCGUUCUUUGGUAGCGUCAGUAAAAAACUUUCAAAAUUCCUUGCUGUAGUAUGGAUACAAAUUCUGUAAGUCCACUGCCACCACCGGAAGCACCACUGGCUAUGAUGGAAGUUGAAAAAACGCCACCUGGGACACCAACUACAAACGAUAUGCCACCACCACCGGAUGAAGAAAAACGAUAUGAGGAGGAUUCGGAGAAUGCCUGGAACUGUGGCUCGUGGUUCGAGUACUUGCUCAUUGUCAUACUCUCGACCAUUUUGUUGGUGGGCGUAUUAGUGCUCACUCUCUUCUGGAUACUCUUCUAUCGCGGCGGCUUUGCAUGGUCGGACAAUCCAACGUUGCAAUUCAAUUUGCAUCCCACCCUAAUGAUGGCGGGCUUCAUAACGCUAUCGGGAUUUUCAAUUUUGCUCUACCGUCUAUGCCGCUGUUUGAAACACAUUUAUGUUAAGCUGAUUCAUAUGUUCUUUCACGCCUGCGCCAUACCGUGUGUGGCUUUGGGAUUUCUGUCCGUCUUCGAUUCGCACAAUUUGUCGGAGCCGCCUAAAGUGAAUUUCUACAGCUUGCAUUCGUGGUUGGGUUUUGUCACCAUGGGAAUGUUCGUGCUGCAAUUCGUUGUUGGAUUCUUCAGUUUCUUGGUAUUGCUAUGCUGUGAGAAUCGCACCUAUAAGUGUCGCAGCAUUAUGGUUCCGGUGCACGCCAGUUUCGGUCUAGCGAAUUUUAUGUUGGCAAUCGCCACUUGCAUCACUGGCCUGGUGGAAUACGAGCGUCAGAAUGCGGGUGAUGCUGUUUUAAGCUCACGCAACUCCGAAAUCGAGCACUACAUUAUGAACUCACUGGGUAUCGUCUUGGUUGCCAUUGGUAUCAUUGUCUCGGUCGCUGUGCGACGAUCGAAUGCGCCAGCCACUGCCAAAGUCUACGUCACCGAACGUUGCUGAAUA